AUGUCAUACAAUACAACCUCGAGCUCCAAUCAGUUUUGUCAAUCAAUUUGUGCCUAUAUAAAUCGCGUCGUGUGUACUGAGAUGUCAUUUCUUCGGUCGCCUACGCUGGCGACGUAUACAUAUUAAUUGUGCGUGAAAAUUAAACCGUUUGACUUUGACCAGUGAAGUGUUUUUAUCAGUGUGACAUAAUAAUUAAACGAAAAUGAAGAUAUUAAUGAGAGCGGACACCCAUUACAGCAUAGCAGUUCGGAGUGAAUAUGAGGAACCAAAGUAUACAUUUUCACAGGUAUUAGCAGCCAUAGCCGUGUCAUUGGGAUCAAUGGUUGUUGGGUUUUCAUCAGCUUACACCUCACCAGCUCUCGUCACCAUGCAAAAUGACACAGCAUUAAACGUUUCGGAAGAAGAGGCAAGCUGGGUCGGAGGUUUGAUGCCACUAGCGGCUUUAGCGGGCGGGGUGUUUGGUGGACCUCUCGUAGAUUACAUCGGCCGCCGCAAAACCAUACUCUUCACCGCCCCACCUUUCUUCGUAGCCUGGAUCCUCAUUGCAACGGCUACAAGUGUCCAAUUAGUUCUAACAGGACGUGCCAUCUGCGGUCUAUGUGUAGGCAUCGGAUCAUUGGCUUUUCCCGUGUAUUUGGGUGAAACUAUCCAGCCCGAAGUCCGCGGCGUAUUAGGACUAUUCCCUACCGCUAUAGGAAAUAUUGGUAUACUUUUAUGCUACACUGCUGGAAAGUAUUUAAAUUGGUCGCAACUAGCGUAUUUAGGAGCAGCCCUACCUGUCCCAUUCUUCAUUCUCAUGCUAUUGAUCCCGGAGACUCCGCGCUGGUAUGUAAAUAAUAAUCGUUUGGAAGACGCUAAAAAAGCUUUACAGUGGCUUCGAGGGAAAAAUGCUGUAAUAGACAACGAAAUCCGAGACAUACAACUAACGGAAGCCGAGACGCAAGAUUCCGAGUCUACUAUUCGAGAGCUAUUCAGCAAAAAAUCCAUGAAGUCCAUUUGUAUUUCCUUAGGAUUAAUGGCAUUCCAGCAAUUGUCCGGUAUUAACGCAGUUAUAUUUUACACUGUGAAAAUAUUCAAAAUGUCCGGGAGUUCAGUUGAUGAAAAUUUGUCAACAAUUAUAGUAGGAAUUGUUAACUUUGUGUCCGUAUUUAUAGCGACUGGUUUAAUUGACCGCUGUGGGAGAAAAAUACUUUUAUAUAUUUCAUCCGUAACUAUGAUACUUACUUUGGCCAUUCUUGGCACUUUCUUUCAUGUUCGAGAUAAUAUGGGCCUGGAUGUUGCGACUUUAGGAUGGUUGCCCCUGACUUCUCUCAUGGUGUACUUGUUAGGUUUUUCAAUGGGAUUCGGUCCAAUACCUUGGCUAAUGAUGGGGGAGAUUUUGCCAGCAAAAAUUAGAGGUCCAGCUGCAUCGAUCUGUACGGCAUUUAAUUGGUUAUGUACAUUCGGUGUGACCAAAUCCUUCCAUAAUCUAAUAGAUGCCAUUGGUCCUAAUGGUGCGUUCUGGCUAUUCGGUUGUAUCUGUUUCGUGGGCUUAUUCUUUGUGGUAGUGUGUGUGCCUGAAACCCGAGGAAAGAGCCUUGAGCAGAUUGAGAAUAAGCUCACAGGUAGACCAAAGGGUAGAACACGCAGACUUAGUUCGAUAGCUAACAUUAAACCUUUGCCUAGUGGUUGUUAGUAGUAAAGAAGAAUGAAGUAGCCAAAAUUACUUAUAAAAGUAAAUUAAAAUAAUAUCGGACGACAAGAUUGGUAAUGUUAAUUAGUUUAUAAAGGAAAAAGUUAAUGAGAGAUGCUACUUAUGUGCAGCAAUAACUUUUUUUAAAGUAUUAUGCUAAUCAAGAAUUUCAUUAUUAGAUUUAUAAAUAAGAUAAAUAUGUACUUAAUCUUAUUAUUUGUAGUCACCUAAUAAAUAUAUUUUGUGAAAUAUUUACCUAGUCCCGUUUUGUUAGAAUAAUUAGCAAA